GCCUGUACUUCUGUUAUUCACAACAACGGAAAUGUGAAGUUUACUGCAUCGUCAACUUCCCUUGGGCCUGGGUAUCCUGUGCUACAUGGCAACGACGUUUGGUGUGCCGGAGUCGUAGACAGACAACAAUUUCUUACAGUAGAUUUAGGUAAUAAAUCAGAGCACUUCAUCGCCAUCUUUUGCUAAUAGGUUUCAAUUUUGUUAUAAAUUAGCUUUAUGGAGAUCUGAAAACUUUCAUUACUUUUCGAUUGAAUGGAAUAACGCUCAAACCAUUUUGUACUUAAUCGCCAUAUUUUACUAAUACGUUUCAAUUUUGUUACAAAUUAGCUUUAUGGAGAUCUGAAAACUUUCAUCACUUUUCGAUUAAAUGGAAUAACGCUCAAACCAUUUUGUACUUAAUCGCCAUCUUUUGCUAACAGGUUUCAAUUUUGUUAUAAAUUAGUUUUAUGGAGAUCUGAAAACUUUCAUUACUUUUCGACUGAAUGGAAUAACACUCAAACCAUUUUGUAGGUCAUUAUCCUUUAAGAGGUGUAUGUCUGCGCCAAGUACAAGUACGCUUCAUCAGGUCCUGUGGAUCUCAGCUAGGAGCGUACGGAGUAUUAUUUUACGUCUGGUCCUUUUAAGCACUUAGAAAACAAGGAUAUACGCCGUACAGGCUGACGGAACAGCUCUCAUCGGAUAGUCCCUAAUCAUAAUUGCAUUUGACAAUUUAUCUGAAAUAAAAACCCGCGGUAAAAUGUUCACGACAAAACAAGCCAGCUAAUUGCUACAUGUACCUCUUGAAGGAUAUCUUAAGUCUCACAUGUCGUGUUUUUUUGCAGUGGUCAGUUGGUGGUGGGAAAUAAAAUUUCUUUUGGAAGGACGCCUUUCGUGUGACUCUCUAUUGACACGCUUGACUUUGCCUGCGAAAAGCAUAAUAAAUCGAACACGUAUUCGGGAGGCUAGAUUACCAUCAAAGCGUUAUGAUCUUGGGAGAAAUGUGUACGAUGUUUUUUAAGGUGGUCUCGUUUGUGGCUGUAUUACUCAGUGACUUAUUUUUUUCUAUUUUUGAAGGCUUAAACCUCUUAUUUGAUCAAGUGCUUGUUCAGGGAAUGCGCGACUCUAACAGAUCAGUACCUCUGUAUUACCUGAAGACCAGCACUGAUAAUAACACUUUUAUCGAAGUUCAAGAACAGGGAGCACGCAAGGUAACUAGAAAACAAAACAACUCAAAGAAGUUAUAUACAGCGUGAAUUUUUGCCCCUUGCGCUCUCAGGCACCCGGAAUCCUCCUCCCCCAUCCCCUUUUUUACGUCUGCUACUCGCGGGUCACGUGAAUUUUCGACUGCAUAAUUUUAAUUCAAAAACGUUUGGGUAUAAAAAAAAUAAAUAAAUAAAAAAUGUCUUGACUAGAACAGUGAUUUAUUUAGUAUUUAUUACAUAGUGAAAGUUUUCUCUCACAAACUGAACUGUGCGAAAGCAACCCUUGAGCCGGAUCCUAUAAAUUAACCGACCUUUAUCUUUGGCAGGAUUUUUUAGGUCCUUCAUUUGAUGGAGAUGAAGUUGUUGACACCAACCUCACCAUCCCUGUGCCAGCACGUUGGGUUAUGUUUAAUCCGAGGGAACCUUUGCCUGGCAAUCAUCUUUGCAUGCGUAUUGAUAUUAGGAGCUGUCAGAACGGUAAAUUAUUGAUCUCAAAAUCAUUCUCGGGUAAAAUUAUACUCAUUUAAGUAACCUAUGUAGGCAAACGACGGUCGCGACCGUCUGCGCGCUUUGUCAAAGGAGGAGCAAAUUCAGCUUCAAACAAGUACCAGAACAUAGAUAUACAUGUAACACCAUAUUAUCGUGCAGAACAAUAGUCUGGUGUAGAACUUGCAAUGCUGCCCGUUCAGAGACUUUGGCGGGAAACAGCUUUAUCGGCAAGUGACUUAAAAGUAACCAAUGGGAGAGCAGGCACUUGCAAAAAAAGCGGUUGCGUCAAGUACCUAUCCUCUCCUUUAUGUAACCUUAAUUUUCCCCUUUACUUUUCGCUUACAGACUUUGUUUUCAUUAUAAUGCAGAGCAGGUGUUAUGGUUCAAUCUUUUUCCAAAAACGGAAUACCACAGAGGUUCGAUUUCGUACAGGUGAACACAAAUGUGGAACUCUCUGCCUGGGAACUUGAGAUCAGCUAAAUCUAAGAGCAUUUUAAAAAGGAACCCAUCGGUGGAUGUCAAAUCGUCCCUGUUAUUGCCUUUUUAAUUCGAAUUCUAAGUAUUUUAAAUACCAAAUGAGUAGUGAUUUGUUAGUAUAAUUUUUGCUAUAAUGGUCACACCAAUGCACCUUUCAUAUAGUGUGUAUUUGAAUACGGCUUUCAUGGAAACAAGUCUUUUGUUACUUAAUAUCAAAACUACCGUAUUGAAAUAAACGUGAUUCAUUCAUUCAUUCAUGCAUGCAUGCAUGUAUGCAUGUCAUGCAUAUUAAUGCAUGACAUGCAUGCAUGCAUGAAUGCAUGCAUUCAUGUCAUGCAUGUAUGCAUACAUUCAUUCAUUCAUGGAUGUUUUCUCCUUUUAAUAAACUCUUUACAUUAUUUCUAGAGCCUCAGCCAGUGGACGGCCAACUGACAGAGUGGUCUUUCUGGAGCAACUGCACUGUAGGAAGUAAUCCAUGUUUCUUGACAAGGAGUCGUCAAAGAACGUGUACAAACCCAGCUGCUGCAUUUGGCGGCAAGGAUUGCAGAGAUAUUAAGCAUAUGGAGCAAGUGUGUGCCUCAGUAUGUCCAGGUAAGUAAAUUUUAAUAGGAAUUGGAUCUUAUUGUGCAAGAACGUCAUGUAACAAGUGUUCCUUUUUGUUCCACAAUGCACAAACGGUAAACACCCACAUAUAAGAACAAAUGCAUUACUAACUUAAGACUGAAAGUGGGCAAAUAAAGGACCAUACACCUAUACAAGAACCAAUUCAGCCUGAUAAAUAAAACAUGUUCUUAUAUAAAAAGAGAGAGGCUGAUUCCAGAGUAAGAAGCCAAUGCAGUAAUUCAUAUUAAAGAACUAGGCUGUGCUGCACCAUGUAAAAUCUAAGAGCCGUACAGUAAGCAGCAGUAUGUAAUGGUAAGUUACAGUAAGAAAUAAAAAAAAAAUGUUUGUUAAUCAAACCUCUAGUAAUGUUUGAUGUAUAUUAAGAACAUUUUCAGGCUGAUUUUCCAGUAAAUAAGACCUGGGUCAGCCUGAAUCCCAAAGUCGUAGGUUCUUACACCAGUUAACUACACAUAUUUUCCUCAAAAGCUCUAACCAUUUUCUUCAUGAAAAUUAACUGAGAGUAAUUAAAUUAAUCCUUGUAAUAUGUUAUUUCAUGUUGUUCAUAACAGCAAUAAUAAUUAAAAAUCUAUUUUUACAUGUACCUCAGUUGAUGGAAUGUGGUCUGACUGGGGAGCAUGGUCACCCUGUAGCGAGACCUGUGGCAAUGGAACAAGAAGCCGUAAGCGUUCUUGUAACAAUCCCACUCCAGCUCAUGAUGGCGCACCUUGUAAAGGUGACUCAAGUGACACGGGAUCAUGCUUCAAAGAUCAUUGUCCAAGUGAGUCUGAUUCAGCUGCUUCAAAAUAAAAAUAAAUAAAUAAAAAUAAUAAGUAGAGAUGCAAACGUUGUUUUAAUCAUAUUAUUUUACAACUCAGAGAACAGCAGUUAUUGAAGCAGCUAAAAAGGCAGCCAUGUAGGUGAUUGGUUUUACCAAAAAUAGGUUUUUGCUCACUUAGCCCAACUCAUUGACCCAUUUCUUUCAUCUUUUUUGGGGGUUGUUUUCUGUUUUGUUGUUGUUGUUGUUGUUUCAAUUAAUUUUGGCAUCAUAGUUGCACGUAUGGGUUACGGUAUUUAAGUUACUACAUAUGCCUUCCCGUAUUAGUCAUUUUUUGUAAUAUAUUUAUAUGUGGAUUGCAUCUGAGUAAGAAAGUUCUCAGCUUUUAAUUUAUGCAUCAGUCAAUUCCAGCUGCGCCCAGACCCCCCAGCCUCCCCCCUCCUUCAGGCUACUGUGGGGCAUUUGCCCGCCUUGUCAGUCCCAGGUGUGGGGCAUUUGCAAUAUUUGCGCUGCCAGGGGGCCGGGCAUUUGCCAACCCCUGGACCAACCCCGAGCUUCUGACACGCACGCAUGUUUCCUAUCAGAAUAUAACUACACAGAGGAUUUUACUGGAAAAACAAGCAGAUUGGCUCAUUUGUCAAGGACGGCAAAAAAUUGAAGAGGUUUGUAAAGGCAUGUUCUCGAUUUCAUGCAUGCAUUUCUUCAUUGCUUAUCAAGCCAGAAUUGCAUAGCAAAACUCGGAAGCUAUCGACAUGAAUCAAUGUUUUUUUGGUUAUUGAAUCAAGUUUCUCUUGAUAUUAUUUGAAGAAAAUCCUUUCAUAUUUCAAAAACUAUUCAUAGCAGUUAACUUUACAGUGCAUUAUUAAUUUUAAUGUUAAUAAUUUUAUAACCAUACUAAAACCAUAAACUGGUGUCGUCACAGCAUGACGUCUUAAUUAGAAUAGCACUAUUACAAAGGAAGAUGUUAAUUAAAACAAAAAAUUAUCCAUUAAAAUGCUUAAACUGUCACUCCUCGAUUGUGCGAUCAAGAAAAAUGAGUUGCAGUGAUGACGGAGGAUGGGACAUUUGCCCUCUUUUUUUGUCCCCAUCCCCGGAGAUUUGACAGCUCAAGAGUCCCCACCCCCGGGAAUUGGCCAUCCAAGGCAAAAAAAAUGAUAAAUCCCGGGGGUCAGUGGGGGGGGUCUGGGCUCAGCUGGAAAUGACUGUUGACUGAUGCAUUAAUAGUGGUUUUAUCACAGAAAGGCGACUUCAGGACCUUUCCCUUACCAAUUUUUCACCAUCUGGGGUUAAAUUUCCCUUAUAAUGUGCCCAGCGUAAACCACAAGCUUCCCAAACUCAGCAAACUCACAGUUACGAGGGUGGAAUGUAAAUUACAUUCUGUGACACGAGCGAGUAGGUAUUGCGUUACGGGUGACUUUAUGAGCAAUAAUACACUGAGCUCUGCGAACACUAAAUAUCAUUAUAUUUUUCCUUCUCUUCAAUGAUACAAAACUAAAGAAGGCUUACCUUUGAUGAAUUCCUGUGUGUUUUGGUCUGGAAUUAUCAGUUUAGUCGACUCUUUAGCUCCAUUUUGUGACCUCUGUAACUCCACGUUGUCUACUCGAAGAAGGUUUGCAGCCCGAAAACUCAUCUAAUCACUUCUUUUUUUUCGACCAGAGGUAAAUUUCCAUCAUCGCCACAACUUGGUAAAUGUUUCUUCGCCAAGUAUCCUACGCAUGUCGCUGGAUAUGAACAUUUUCUCACUCCAUGUUCCAAAACACCUUCUUUCGGCGAACGCUACUGUCUGGUCCUCGUGAUAAUACGCUCGACACAGGGCUUGGGUCCGAGGUCAAAUUUUUCGCUCUCGGCCGGGGGUGGGUCAGUCAACUACACUGGAUGUGCAGUUCGUUUUCAUGGGAAAAUAGUCAUUAUUUGGGGAUUAUGAUUUACACGGGAAACAUUGUGACAACAACAGGGAACGUUUUUUUAAGCUUGUUGUUGUAACUUCUUAUUCUUCUUCCUCCUCCUCCUCUCCAUUGUCUCUAGUUGAUGGAAAUUGGUCCGCCUGGGAAACUUGGUCUACCUGUAGCAAAACGUGUGAUAACGGGACGAGGACACGUGUACGAUUGUGUAACAAUCCCGCUCCGGCCCACGAAGGAAAAGAUUGUGCAGGAGAAGGAAAUAAUUCAGAAGUUUGUUUGGUCCGCCAUUGUCCAGGUAAAUUUAAUUUUCUUGUGUUGAGAUAUUAUUUGAAAGAUCAGUAAUGCUUCAUUCUCUUUAGGCAUUUCUAUCGAUCUCUCAAAGGAUAUUAGUUUUCUUUUAGUUGUCGUUUUGUCACGAGCAUGUAUGUUUAGUUCUUCAGUCCGUUGUCUCUAUUUGAUGGAAAUUGGUCUGCCUGGGAAAGUUGGUCUUACCUGUAGCAAAACAUGUGGCAACGGGUCGAGGAUUCGGGUACGAUUGUGUAAUAAUCGCACUCCUGCCCACGAAGGAAAAUAUUGCGAAGGAGAAGGAAAAAGAUUGUUUGGUCCGCAAUUGUCCAGUUAAAUCUCAUUUUCUUAGGGGGUAGAGACGGAAGACAUGUCAGACUAUCUAUGAUGCAAUGCUUCAUUUGCAUUCUCAGUUACCAAUUCUCUCUUCACUAAGGAUAUUAGCUUCGAUUUAGUUCUUUUGUCAGUUUGAGUAUGUAUGUUCAGUUGUUCUCCAUUGUCUCUAGUUGAUGGAAAGUGGUCCUCCUGGGAAACGUGGUCUCCUUGUACCAAAACAUGUGGCAACGGGAUGAGGAACCGUUUACGACUGUGUAACAAUCCCGCCCCGGCCAAUGGAGGAAACACUUGUGACGGCAAGGAAGAAAGUUCAGAAUUUUGUCUUGUUCGCCAUUGCCCAGGUAAAUCAAAUUUUCAUACUUUAGGUUAUACUGUAUUUGCAAAUUUAAUGAAAAUUAUUUGCGGCGAUAACCACCCAAUCAUGAUUCAUUUCGAUAAAUCGGAGGAGAAGAUUGUUGGUUCCUUUUUAGAAUGUUCAAUAUGCAUAAGGCUUAAUGCCCGUCCUUUUACUUUUGUCACAUUCAGUAAUGCUUGCCCUUGUUUCUUCAGGAUGUGGGGAGAUAGGUCCGCUCAAGGAAUCAAGCUAUGCGGCCUCCAGCGCAGCACAACAAGCUCCAUUUGCGCGACUGAACGCAUCACACCCCGAAGCGUCUCCUAAAGCUUGGUGCCGCGAUCAAGAAGACGUUAAUGGAUAUCUCCAGGUUAAUUUAGGUAGGAUAUGAUAUAAAAUAAAUGAAUGCAUGAAGAAAUUAAUGAAUGAAUCAGCCCAUCCAUCCACAUCUGGCAUCAAAAAGUAAAUUGACAACCAAUCAAUCAAUCUAUCAGUGACGAAACAUCUUCGAGCGAGCUAUCCGAAAGAAUAUAUCGAAAAUAUUUUUUCAUGCCAAAACUGAGCAUACCUUCAUUACAGAAUAUGAUAAUUUACUCCGGUUCUACAAUAGAGAGCGGCUGGUCACUGCUUCAGUCCAUCGUAUUACGAGCAACGCGCCUGUAAUAACUCAGAGGUUGUCAGGUUUGGUAUUGACAUUCCUUUAUAGUGACUUUACUUACCUUCGUGAGGGCUAUCAAAUAUAUAUGUUUUUUUUUUUUUUUUAAUUACAGAAAGGCCAGUUGAUGUUUUUCGUGUUGCCACUAAAGGUCAAGAUGAGGUUGGCGCUAAGGGGUGGGUGACAAGGUAUUUGAUCUCGCUCAGCACGAAUGGUUCCACCUUUACACAUUACAUGGAAGGUGGAAAAGAAAAGGUAAGUUUACUCUUUAUUUCGCCUCCUAGUCCUCAGUUCAUUCAACCAGUUAACCCAGGAAUUCCAAUAUGGCGGAUGCAAGAUAGCUGUUUAUUCAUUGUUUGUUCAAGAGUAAGAUUUACCAAAAAUGGGUUAUUGAAUUUGAUCGGACCAUGUUAGAGUAAAAUUCUGACAAGUGACAUGGUCUUGAAAAAAAAAUAUGGAUGACUGGACAUACCGUAAAAUUCCGAAAAUAAGCCCCGGAGCUUAUAUUUUUCAAAGGCCCUUUUUGAGGGGCUUAUUUUUGGAGGGGCUUAUAUUCGGAGGGGCUUAUCUAUGGAGGGAAAUUUGCGUUUCAAAACCGAUUGGGCUAGCCUGAUAGUUGGAAGUGAAUUUACCGUUUUUGCUUUGUUUUACUUUGUAUUUGAGGGGAAUUUUCCAAGUACAAGCCCCCCCCGGGGGGGGGGGUCUUAUAUUUGGAUGGGCUAUUUAACGGAGGGUUUUUUUGCGUUACCGGUUUGGGGAGCUUGUAUUUGGAGGGGCUUGUACAUGGAGGGGCUUAUUUUCGGAAUUUUACGGUAAAUUACAUAAUUAUGGGUUUAAUACCUACAGGGACAUGAUGUACUCCACAAAACACGAAACGACUGCACUUGAAAUUCAGACAAGGGACAUACGUUUUCCCCCUCACCAAGAGAGGGCCUCACAUUUCCUAUCCUAACUUAGACGAGAGUGGUAUUAUUUCUUUUCUAUUUCAGGAAUUCUCUGGCAAUGUCAAUUCAUUUUCUCUUCGUUUCAACCAUCUUAAUACAUCAAGCCAAUUUCAGUACAUUCGUUUUCACCCAGUAUCAUUUGAAGAGCAUCCCUGUAUGCAAGUAUCCGUCUUUGGAUGUGUGCAAGGUGAGUACCGUACCAGUACUAUAUUUAGUUUAGGAGCGAUAAGACUGGAGAAACUUGGCUAGGCAAGAUUGUGAUCAUCGUUAGAGUUUUGUCUUUGCUUCCUCUGUGUCGUCAGACGCUUUUAUGUUUGAGGUAAAUUGUUUUUUUAACAGAAAACAAGUUUGCUUGCUGAUCAAAUAGAACUAUUUAAUCUAUUAUACCCCGAUGUUCUUGAUCACUUUUGAUUGAUUUCGCAAGCUACAUAUGUACUUUUGAGUGUUACAUAAAAGGUAUUGCUCUAACAAAGAUUGCUGUGGCUUGAUUACUUCUCUCUUUAAAGACUUUAGAGAACCCGAGCCGAAAAGAAUCGACGAAAGUGAGCCGUGGGGUGGACUUUGUAAGUGCAGCAUUUUGAUCAUAGGUUGAUAAUAUUCAGAAUUGUAUUGUGCUCUUUUGAGAACAUGCAGCCUUUAAUUUAUAUCCUUUUAUAAAAUAACUAAGACAGUAAGUGCCCUCUGAUUGGCCGAGAGGAGUGUCUGCAUGAGAGUAUGUAAACAUGGUUAUGGUCCUGGGAUUGAUUUUUACAUAUUUCUUUUUUCUAUAAGUAGCCUUUGUUUUUAUAGAACCUUAGUUAGAUUAAGACUGCAUGCAGUUAAAAGCUCAUUAUUUUGUACCUUUUAACAUAUAAAUUAUUUCAAAUGCACCUUGCAGUGAUUACUUUCAUGGCACUAGCUGGAACCUUGACGAUUAUUCUUCUCUUGACGUGUUGCUGUUGUUGGUGCCGCAAUUUGUUUUGCAUCAGGUAAACAAUUACAAAAAUACAAUUUAUAAAACAUAACUUUCGCAGGGUGAUACAUUAAAUGCCUUGUUUUUUGUACGCAGCUUAGCAUUACAUUUUAACUUAUUAGGCAGUGCUCAGUAUUGAUCUGCUCGAACACUGCGAAUUCCUGUUGAGGUAAGGGUCACUUUGCACACAAUAGGUUUGCAAAUACAAAUGCCACAUCCUGUUUCAGAAAAAAAAAAAGAAAGAAAGAAAGAAUGAAAGGUUAUGAAUUACUGACUUUGACAAGGCAAAUAAAUUUCUGUGACGGCAAGAGGGCAAGGCGUUUGUGUGAAACGGCUUCAGGGUGGUCGUGCGAAAGCCAACGGCUUUGUGAACAUGGCUUCGAAGAGGGAUGAAAUCCUAACUCCACUUUCCUACUUACUUGAUAACCAUUGUGAAAUAUUUCUCGUAUGGUGGUGGAGGGGGGAGGAGAUGUUUAAUAUCAGGCGUUACUCUCACUAUUUGCAGCACUAAAGUCACUAAUGCUUUUCUUUUGCAUCCUCUUAGAGGAAACAAGAAAAGUUCGUAUUUAACUGAAGACGGGUACGUUAUAGAAACCGACAAGAGGUUUGUAAAUAUACCACGAGGAAUUCUCAAGAAAAAUGUGAAACGCGAACCGGAAAUUGAAGUUCAAGAAGUCUGCGUAGAAAUGAAAGAAGAAGCAGCUACAGGUACAAAUUAUUUGACAUUUUUUCUAUUAUUUUGUUCAAAAAUUGCGUUUUAUGAUGAACAGAUGUACUCAGGGAAGAAUGGGUUACAACCUACCCUAAUGACACUAUGCACACAAAGUAUCUAAUAACCCUGGAAACACUUGCUGGCAAUUGUUUGGCUAAGUGUUAUUCUACUGCAUGCCUUUUUACUUAAUUAAUAAAUGUCGCCGUUAUGCAUUUUAAAGUUAAGUAAAGCUGUAGUAAUGCAAAUUCCCCCGUGUACGGCGAUCAUCCAGCCUUCUGGGAACAUUUUCGCUUGUAUUAAGAGUAGUGGUUCAUUUAUGCCGCCUUGCUACUUGCCACAUAGCUGCUGGAACUUGCUGCGAUACCGUUCGGAUAUGAGAACAGAAGUCGCCAGCAACAAGAAACAUCACAAGUCUUUACCGCCGGCAUAACUGUGAAGUCAGGCGGCGUUUUGUCCUCAUUUGUCGAAGUAGUAUCGCAGGCAGUUCCGGCGGUUGCGUCGCAGGUACUUCGGCGGCAUAUGAGAACCAGGCUUUAAAUUCACGCAUACACUUAUUUAUUAGACAAGGGAACGUUCCAUGAAUGAGUUCUCAAUUUAAUCUUCCAAAUCAACCAGCAUUGCUCUUAUACUUCGUUCUCACUCACUAUCGUUGUACACCACAAUAACAGGUGUCAUCCAAUUCGAAGUAGAAACGAAAUGCUCAAAUGCAAACCUGGUUACAGCCGAAACCGUGCACUCGAAGACACCAGUUUACAAGGAGGAUGCCAGGACGGCCACAAGGAAGGAGGACAGUAGUAGAGAACAAAUUUGGCGCGCUAAGAGCGAGCCCAGCGUGGCAGUGCUUGGCACGAAGAAUCAAGAGUGUUCCAGUGACAUAAACGCCUCUACUCAACGUCCUGGAUAUAUUAAUAAAGGCUUUGUAAGGUCUGUGGAAAACGAGUUUUAUUAAACUCCUCAUGUGAAUAAAAGGCGGAGUUCGUCUCUUCAGGUGGUGUUUUUCUAUGACCAAAGACACCUACUCGCUAUUCAGUCAACUUUCCUUUUUACGGAUACCUUAGGCUGGCAUCCUGCUUCUUUCCAGACCUAUUUUUUCACAUUUUUUUUAAAAAGCCAGACACGUCAAUCCAAGCGGGUGUCUGUCCGCUGAGAAAGAGUCGGCAGUAUGUCCGAUAUAGAAUUUCUAUAAACAGUUUUCCACAUUUCAAAAUAGGCGGCACCAAAAACGUCCGUCACAAACUGUUUAGUUUCUAUACUUAUCUGGUAAACCUGACUUUUGGGUAAAAUCCAAUAUGGCGUCCAAGGUAGCGACCAUUUUUAAUGACAUCACAGGCCUUUAGGAAGAUUAUCUUGCAUAUGAUUUAUAUCAUUUUGUAAAGUUUACCUUUCUUUCCAAAAAGUUGGUUUAUACAACUGCCUUAACCUCCACGUUUAUUUGUUUUGCAAAAACGUCUGAAGACUAACGCUGAGAUGCUCAUUUUGUAAAACGCUUAGCUUCUAUUACAAUUUCAACCCCUUUCACCCCAUAACAGGUAUGAGCCUAAUCGUUACGUUUGUAGCUGUUUUCUUCCUUUUUGCAUGGCUCAAAAAGUAAUUCUGUUUCUUUAAUAGCUCUCAGGAGUUGCCUGCAGUAGAGACAAGACAGCCUGCCCAAAAUCGAAUAACAACAGUAGAAAUAACACGUUCCAGAAGUGCGGAAGACCUAGAAACCCUGUAUCACGAGCUUUAUGGAGACGAACUAGGUUUCUUUAAGUCGAAUCUCUGGGGUAAAGACGAUGACAACGACGUACAAGGGUCGGGUAGUUGUCACGCAGGAAGAGAAGGAAACGCCCAGUCCCCUGGGGAAGAAACUCGACUCCGCCGAGAACAAGUGGAUAGAGUUUUCAUGGAAAUUUCCAACGAACAGCUAAGAGAUGACGGAUUUCAGAUAUUCAGCUUCGAAGAUGGAACAGUUUUUGCUGAAAUACAUUAUAAUAAUAACAACAAUGUAAGCGAGAAUUACCUUUCAUUAAUUGGUUAUAGAGCUAUUAGCUUAAAAGCGGCCUGCAAAGCAGAAUCUUCACUCAUGAAAAUCGCAUUCUCUGCUGCACCAGCAGUGUUUACUUGCAAAAGGCAAGUGGGGAAGGGCCAGCCGCCUUGGAUUCAAGUCUAUAAACAGUGCAACGAGCUCAACAGGGCCACUGACACUUAAAUUUAAAUAUAUGUUCUCAUUUUUCUCUGAAUCUGUUAUUGCGAGCCCCAGUGACCUGUGAUUGGUCCGUAAGCUUUGGAGGUACCUACAACAGAAUUCAUUUUGGACGAGUACUCGACGUGAACAAAGCAAAGGUUAUCUGUAAAUGUGUUGUAUUGCAUGGAUUUACUAAUCUUAAUCAGUUUUUCACGUUCUUUUUACAAUAGAUUUGAGGGUUGUACAGUUGUAAGACAGAAGAGAGUGCGGCUGGACAUGGAACGAAAGGCGUGA